UUGAGAGAAAACAUCCCAACAAGUUUCCACGCUUCCCAAUCACUGAUCCGCGUUACAACUUACACGAGAGAUUUAGAUAAGUAACAACUUUACACAAACUUGUUUUUUGUCUGUAUAUCACGCGAUAAAAAUUAUACGAUGGCAAAUAGGAGCGAAUUCAAACAGAUGCGCUCGCUGAUGAUUGAGAAAAAGAUUCCAUUCUACGUGUAUAAGUCCGUGAAUACAGGAAUCACUAUUUGUUUCGCGGAGACGAAAGGCCCAUAUGUCAGCGGUUAUUUCAAUAUUAAUCAUGCAAAUGAAAUGUUCUCUGAUCGUCUACCUCGUGUACUGGAACAUCUUAUUUUCACGGGUAGCGAAAAGUAUCCUUACUACGGUACUUUAGACAAAUGGCGCGAGAGAUGCCGAGCAACUUUCAGUUCUGAAUCUUCUCAUUAUUAUACUUAUUAUCAAGUAACAACACCUACUACUGAAGAAUUUCUCUAUCUACUGCCAGUAUAUCUCGAUCAUAUUUUUUAUCCCACUCUUACGAAGUCAGCGUUUCUCACAGAGAUACAUCAUAUUAAUGGUAAAGGUGAGGAUGCUGGAAAAUUUUAUUGUAAACAAAAAUCUGUGGAUCCAACACUCGAGUUUAUAGUGAUGCGAGACACUGUGAGAGCAAUUUUUAAGAACAAUGAUUGUCACUUAUUUGAAAUGCUUAAUGACGAUGAUAUGAGAUAUUUCCGUGAUUAUGAUGACAAAACAAUGAAAUGGUACCAUAAGAAGUUUUUUACGCCAAACAACUUAACUAUAUUUAUAGCGGGUCAAGUAAAACAUGAUACAAUUUUCAAGGCGUUAAUGCCUUUAGUACAAAAAUUAAUAUCACAGGAGCCAUAUUAUGGAGAAUAUGAUCAGACUCCAUAUACGCUUACUUUUCUUAAGAGAAUAAACACACAGAUAUAUGUUAUAUAUCCAUGUACUUCCACCAACAUUGUGAUGAGUUUUAUUUGGCAAGAACCAUCUUUGGUUAAUGAAAUAUACAAAAAACUUGGCUGUUACAUACUUUGGUCAUAUAUCGUACGAAAUGGUUCGAUACAAAAUAUAUUUAAUGAGUCACGUGUCAUUGAAAACGCGAAAGUGUGUUUAUGUGCUGACUUCCAUACUUCAGUCUUCAAUCUUCAAUUUAUUGGAAACGAAGGCGAUAUGUUGAAACGACACUUUUCGUCGCGAAUAUUAGACCAACUCAAGAUGACGAUGAAAUGGUCUCUAUUGAAAGUACUUAGUAAGUUUCAUGAGAAUGGUGUUAACAUGGAAACAAUAAGGAUUGAAAUUGACAACAUAAAUAAUAAUGUACUAUCGUCCUUGAAGAAUGAAGAUUCACAGUAUUUAGCAAAUAUUGUCUUUAACUACAUAAGAUUUGGAGAAGAUACAAAUGCGUUGGAUGAAAUGUGUAAUAUUCUACACAAUCUCAAGAAAUUAAAAGUCGAACCACAAUCAUUUUGGAUAAAUCUCUUUGAGAAAUAUUUUGUUAACCAGCCGAUGAUUACGUUCGUAAAAAGUUUGGAGGAAAAAGAGAUGGAAAAGUACAUACAAAGAGAUGAGGAACGAAUAAAAGAACAAAUUGAGGAAUUAGGCCCAGAUGGUUUGAAACAGAAAGAGAUGGAGCUUCAGGAAGCUAUCAGGGAAAUUGAAAAACCUAUACCUGAAGAAGUACUGGCGAAUAUGCCUAUACCUAGGACAUUUUAAUUUCUAUUUUUUAUUAAGAGAGGUAAACCAAAAUAAUAAAUUAAAGACCAUUAUAUUCGCGUUAGAAUAUUCGUUUUAUACAAUCACAAAAUUGCAUAUAAUUUUUGCGUCUGCAAUGAACAAAUGUAUCUUGCGAUACAUGCAACAACUAUUUUGUAAAGAUUACUUACAGUACAACCUCCUAAAACGUACACAGUCGGAACCGACCUUCCAAAACGUAUAUUUUCUCUAUUUUCUUCACUCUUUAACUCACGCAUGCACAAAGGACUAACUGAACAAGCGCUAGCGCUUCGGUUGUAACCGUACUGUUAGUGGUAGGAAAAGCGAUGAAAGGGAAAAUUACGUUUUUGAAAGUGGAUGGGUAUACGUUUUGGAAGGGUACGUUUUGGGAAGUUCUACUGUAUGCGUUUUUAUACCAAUUUUGACGUAAUUUACGAAACUUACUGCUAUAAGUGCUUGAUCGCUCAAUAUUGUCGGCAUUGUCUGAUAAUAUUUAACCGCUUAUUAAAAACUAUUACUUGUUUUUAUAUUAGAUAUUUUGUAUUACACUAAUUUCUAUAUUAAACUAUUCUCAGAAAAUUAUGAAAAAUCUAUUUUGAGAAAAUAUUGAGCGAUAGUUGUGGAAUCUAACGUAUGAUAUAUAUUAUAAUAAUAGGCAGAAUUCUGUUUGUCUUGGCCAAGAGAUUUCUUUUUCAAAUCGACUGUUUUAUGUGCCUCUAUCUCAAAAUGCAAAACUUUUUUCUACGAUUAGUCUAAAAUAUCUACUUAUAUGUAAGAUAUCUACGUAUAUAUCUACUUAUAUAUGUAAAAUUGUAUGAAGAAUUUUUUAUCUUAAUCUUUUUCGCGUAGAAUUUAUAACUGCGCGAAUAUUUUAUACUAAAAAUGUAUGUUUAUUAUAUGAUUGUCUUAUAUGUUAUUGAGAAAGAAGUAAAUUAAAAAAAAAAGAUAUUAAAUUCAAUAAGUGAAGAGA